GUGCGGGUGAAGAUGUCUUUCGACUCCCAAUUGUUGGCAAGUUCGAUUUCUCUCAUUUCUAGCUUCAAUUCUGCGUUAUUUUCGUUUGAUUCACCUCUUCGAUUGCUUGAUACAGUUUUGAGUGAUAAAGAUGUCGGCUUCCAACUAUUGUACGUGCGAUCCUAUGGAUGCAAUAGACCAUCUAGCCGAUGUCAUCAACUGGAAAGAAGUGUUCUAUGCCCCUGUGCCAGACUACGUGCACUAUGCAUGUGCGGCAGUGUUGAUAUGUCUUUUGCUGCUUGGAAUCACUGGAAACGGAACUGCAAUUCUCAUCUAUUUCAA